CACGCUUGAAAUAGGUAUCUGGAAUGGUCCACUUUUGCCGCACUUCUACCAGCAAAGUCGCCCUUCUGCAAGCAAAGAGCACCUUCCCUGUCCAUCUCCUUCCCUGCUCAGGCCUUACCUGUUGCAAUGGCUGCUUCGACCAGCGCCACGAAGGUGAAGCUCAAGAGUUCCGACGAUGAGAUGUUUGAGGUGGACGAGGCGGUCGCUCAUGAGUCGCAGACCAUCAAGAAUAUGAUUGAGGAUACUGGCGUCGACGCUCCCAUCCCCCUUCCCAACGUCUCAAGCAAAAUCUUGGCCAAGGUCAUUGAGUACUGCAGAUACCAUGUUGAUGCGGCAAAGACUACCGAUGACAAACCGGCGGUUGGGGAGGAAGAUGUGAAGACUUGGGAUGCAGAGUUUGUGAAAGUCGAGCAGAGCGUCCUUUUUGAUCUCAUCUUGGCUGCUAACUACCUGAACAUCAAAAACCUUCUAGAUCUGACGUGCCAGACCGUUGCGGACAUGAUCAAGGGAAAGACGCCAGAGGAGAUUCGGAAGACAUUCAACAUCAAAAACGAUUUCACGCCAGAGGAAGAGGAGGACGUGAGGAGGGAAAACCAAUGGGCUUUCGAGUAAGUUGUCGGACGUCUCAGCAAAGAUCCCUCAUUGAACUUGUAAAUUGGUCCAAUCUUUUGCAUGAGAGAACUUUGCAAUCAGAGUCGAGGAACAGAAGUGCCUCAGAAGUCAUACUGAAGCUACCAGAAAUGAUGAGGAUAGGUCAGUUUGUGUCUUGAACUUCCAAAGAACCAUUUUAGACUUUGAUGAAUAUUUGGAUCCUGCUUCCAGGCAAGGCUUUUUGCCGCCAUGGAAAGAUGCUCGUCAGGUCACAUCUGGGAUGCAUCUUAUCAAACGGUCAUAACUCGAAUCAUUUGAACUUGGAAAGUAUCCACGAUGUUUGGUAGUCAAGGGCAAUGCAAGACCUUGAUAAUCCUGCCAUGGUAAAUUUAGGUGUUGAGGAUGUUUCGACAUGCGACUCGGAUUGUGGCAUGCAUUUACACGACUGUUAAAGCACGCCAAUCAACAGAGCAAUGCCAUGUGAGAACUUACCAUGCGGAACAUGAUAA